UAAACUACCAACAACAACACCAACUUCUUUCAAUUCUGUUAUAAGUAAUAACCUCUCAAUCAUGUCUAUCUUUAAUCCAUUAUUUUCCAUUGCAUUGUUUAAUAUACGCAAAGCCAGCUUCCUCGCUGCAGUUUUCCCACCUUUCCAAUAACGCAAACCAAAUUCACAUAUUUCUUGAGCUGAAAACAUCUCUGGGAUCUUCCCAUGAUUGGUUCACAACUUCGUAUCUUACUUGAUAAAUCUUUGCAACCGUGGACGUCUGACCUCAGGUAAUUAAUAUACAUCGUGCAGAUAUCUCUACGUAAAUACCCAGUGGUAAGCCAAUUUCAUCAGUUGGCUGUUUGUUCUCAUACAAACUUCAUACAUCAUGGUUUCUCUCAAGAAUGCUAUACAAGCUUGGGCGGCUCAUAACGUCGUCCGCAGCGUUACAAAUUCUCGAGUAGACCCUUCUUGCACUAAAGCUAUACCAUCAGAUAUCACUAUUGGACAACCUCAAAAUAUAUCAAUCACAAGUUCAGAUGUCAAUCGAUCUUACCUUAUCGUCGUUCCACCCCUCUAUACAUCCCAAUCUUCGACUCCCGUCAUAUUUUCUUUCCAUGGAGGCCAUCGAAAUGCAUCACAACAACUUGCGCUGGAUCAAAUGACGAAUCCUGAAUUCAACAACUUCGCCAUAACGAUAUACCCUCAAGGAGUCAAGGGAAAAUGGGAGGGCAACCCUGGAAACACAGCAAAUGACACUCAGCUCGUCAGCGAUAUAAUUGACAGUCUUGACAAAACAUACUGCAUAGACAGCAAACGCAUAUGGGCUACCGGUAAAUCUGAUGGGGGUGGUUUCUGUAAUACUCUAGCCUGUGAUCCCAUCCUCUCUACCAAAAUUGCUGCAUUUGCUCCUGUCUCUGGUGCAUAUUAUAUCGACACCCAGCCAUGUUUCCCAAACAAUGUCACGAUCCAAUGUUCUCCAGGACGUCCCAAGAUUCCCAUGCUUGAGUUUCAUGGCGGUGAAGACUCGACGAUUCAUUAUGAUGGACAGGCUAAUCGGUCCAAUCAGUGUAUACCGACUGUUCCGCACUGGGUACAUCAAUGGGCCCUGAGAGAUAAGUUGGAGCUGAAAAAUGUCACGACUGAUUUGACGCAUGACACGGUUGUGUAUAGUUAUGGAAAGGGAGAGGAUGAAGGCUUAGUACAGCAUGUUUUUGAUAAGAAUUUGGACCAUGAUUGGCCGAGUACGGUGUUGAAUGCUGAUCUGAUUGGGCAUGGGGAAGGACCGGCGAGCUUCAAUGCUACGCCUAUUAUCUUGGAUUUCUUUCAAAAGCAUAUCUUACCUUAAUUUUGAGGUUGGUGGAUCGUCGAUUAAGGAUGUUCUAUGGUCCGGAUUGGCAGAUGGGUUAUAAGCUUCUGAUUUCUGAAAAUAAGAUACGACGUUGGGGGUGGAAUUCGUGUUUCAAAACAUUUGAUCGUUUAUCUAGAUCCAGGAAUCGAAAGCUUUCGAUUUUUGAACUGCAUCUUAAGGAUGUUUCAAUGUUUU